AUGUCUCAAUCACGGUUCGACCCCAACUUCACAAAGCAUGUCAUCGAGACCAUCGGUCCCAAUUGCACGCCUCGCGACCGCGAGGUCCUCGGCUGCUUGAUCAAGCAUAUCCACGAUUUCGCCCGCGAAAUCGAGCUCACCCCGGAAGAAUGGAUGCUGGGUGUCAAAUUCGUCAACUCCAUCGGCCAGGCCAGCACCCCAAUCAGAAAUGAGGGACAGCGGAUUUCAGAUGUUAUCGGCCUAGAAUCCCUCGUUGACGAGAUCGCUCACAAGAUGGUCACCGAAGGCGCCGACCCCACUUCAUCCUCGAUUCUCGGUCCCUUCUGGUCGCCCAAUGCCCCGUUCCGCGAGCUGGGCGGCAGCAUUAUCCAAGAUCCAGCGCCCGGCGGAAAGCCAGCACUGAUGCAUGGCAAGGUCAUUGACCUCGUGACCGGAAAGGGCAUUCCAAACGCUGUAGUUGAUAUCUGGCAGGCGUCUUCAAACGGGAAAUAUGAUUUCCAGGACCCAGAGAAUCAAUCAGAUAACAACUUGAGGGGUAAAUUUAGAACGGAUGAGAAUGGCGCCUACCACUUCUACAUGUUGAAACCGACUGCCUAUUCGCUGCCUACCGAUGGACCUGCCGGUGUGCUCUUGAAGCUUUUGGACCGGCACCCAAUGCGACCUGCUCAUAUUCAUCUCAUGAUCACCCACGAUGACUUCAAGCCCGUUACCACACAAAUAUUCCCUAGAGACGACCCAUAUCUCGUGAGCGACACCGUGUUUGCCGUGAAGGAUGAUUUGGUUAUCGACUUCCUUCCAAGGGAAGGGGACCCAAAUGCGAAGCUGGACUUGACCUACGAUGUGAAACUGGCGCCGAAGUCAUCAUGA